AUGUGCAUAGUGUUCGUCGUCAGAUGGAAGGAGAAAUGCACUUGUGCCAGAAGAACGCACGGAACCCUGUGGGCUGAAGUGAACGCGCUCAAGGAGGUACCCAUAAUGCCGAAUCGAACAGCACGUGUCUCCAGAGAAGCUUACAUGGAAGAAAGCGAUAUUGAAGUGGGAGCGAACACUGCUGAAAUGACACAAGAGAUGGAACCGAGUGACAAUAGCAGCGGUUGCGAGGAAUGCUGUCUUCCCGGAGCACCAGGCCCACAGGGUCCGCCGGGAAAGCCCGGAAAACCGGGUGCACCCGGCAAACCUGGCUUCCCGGGUAAACCAGGCCGUCCACCGAUGAAACCAUGCGAGCAGAUUACCCCGCCACCGUGUCCACCCUGCCCACAAGGACCACCUGGUGCCACUGGACCCCCAGGACCACCAGGUAACGCUGGAAUGCCAGGUGAGCAGGGACCUAAAGGUUCCGAUGGAACUCCUGGAGAGCCAGGAUUGCAAGGACGACCUGGUAGUAUAGGAAUGCCCGGUAACACUGGACCUGUUGGCAGCCCUGGAGAACCUGGUAACAAUGAACCGGAAAAACCUGGGCCACCUGGAGAGCCGGGAAAGCCGGGAAUGGAAGGUCCUCGAGGCCCUCCUGGACCAGCUGGCAAGGACGGAAAACCGGGAACGCCGGGCAUGCCUGGCCCAGAAGGGCCUCCAGGACAACCCGGCGAUGACGGUCAGCGAGGAAUGCCAGGGAGAAACGGCAUGCCCGGAUCGCACGGUGAAAAAGGAAUCUGUCCGAAGUAUUGUGCCGAAGACGGUGGUAUCUUCUUCGAGGAUGGCACAAGACGUUAA